UCACACAGCUGUGCAUUUGCUGGGCAAAUUUGGUUAGUUUUUUUUGUACUUUUUUGAAAUACAUCGUGUAGCAGCGAUCGGAUUCCCUUUUAAUCCUUGAACGCCAAUCCGGAAAGAGAAAUGUCGCUGAAUCCGCAGUACGAGGACAUUGGCAAGGGAUUUGUGCAGCAGUACUAUGCGAUAUUCGAUGACCCGGCGAAUCGGGCGAACGUGGUUAAUUUCUACAGCGCUACCGACUCCUUCAUGACCUUUGAAGGUCACCAAAUUCAGGGUGCACCUAAGAUCCUCGAGAAAGUUCAGAGUCUGAGCUUUCAGAAGAUCAACCGUGUGAUAACCACAGUGGAUUCGCAGCCCACAUUCGACGGUGGAGUGCUAAUCAAUGUCCUCGGAAGACUACAGUGCGAUGAUGAUCCCCCGCACGCCUUCUCGCAGGUAUUUUUGCUAAAGGCCAACGCCGGCACCUUCUUCGUGGCCCACGACAUCUUCCGUCUCAACAUCCACAACUCUGCCUAGGAGAUAUAUCCCACUCCGCUGGACAUAUAUAUCCCAUAUACAUACGCACCACUCAGCAACACACACCCGACAUCCAAAGAUGCCCAGCGCCAAUCGACAACAACUGGCUGGCAGUGGAACUCAAUAAGAAAUAGCAAAACAAAACAAAAACAGCGGUCAGCAAGUUCUCACGUCUAUCAACAAAUGGCAAAAAUGCAAACAAAAAAAAACUAUAAAAAAAAUGAGAUGAAAUUAUAUGCUAACUACUAUUACGAUGUAAACGAAAUGGGGCACCAGCUCACCUUUAUUUGUGUCCCUUUGCGCCCGGUACUCUCGAUUUACGGGGGCCGAUCGAAAUGUAUAUUCCGCGAACACCUGGAUCUCGGGAUCCAAUUUAGCUAGGGCUAUCAAAUUAGGUAUGUGGCCAGCUAAGAGUUUGGUUUACAUUACAUUUACAUUUCCCCGGAAAAUAAUCAUUAACAGCUAAUUUAAAUAAAAUUGAUUUAAAACAAUAUCUAAAGAACUAAUAUUUUCAAUUGACUAAACAUCUGUUUUUGUACUGUAUUUAUGGAAAUUAUUUUAGACAGUCGUAUUGCAAAUGUUUUCCAUCGAAUUUCUCACGUUUUUUAACCAUAAUCUGAGUACCGGGAACAUUAUAUAGUCGAGAUUGUCGACUCUAGCUUUCUUGUAUGACUAAUUGAGUGAUGGCGAAUUACUUUUUAUUGAGACAAAAAAAAAAAGAACACUUAAAUAUAAAGAUUAAAGUUAA